AUGAGACCAGCUUACCUUUUUUCCUUCCUCCUUUCGAUUGUAGCCGUAGCUGCACUCACCGACUUAAAUUUUGAAAAGUUGAAGAUCAAGAAUUUUCAACUCAAGCUUAGUCCUACCUGUGGUCUGGCUGCUUGUCAAAAAGCUGCUAAAGCUAUGGAAAAAUGUGGAUUUGAUAAUUCUGUUGGAGACAUUUCCAAAUGUUUGUGCAAGUACUCCGAUGAGGAAUUCUUCACACCAAUCUCCAAUUGUAUUUGUGAAGAUAUUGGCGAUGGAACUAAUACAGCACAGGACUAUAGAGACGUAUUUUGUGACGAGGAAACCUUGAACGCAACUACUCUUUACGUUGAAGGAUAUGGCACUACCUCUUCGUCUCCCCGUCUUGGAUCAGCUACCAGGUCAACUACCGGAUCGACCCCUACUAGGACGACCACCACUAUCGGGGACGAUGCUAUCCACUUGAGAGUCAACUUCUUUAACCCUCUCUACUUCUUGGUUAUGUUCUUCAUUUGA